AACAAGCAUUUAUAAUUUUUUUGUUCAAAAUUCGUAAAAUAUGCACAAAUAUCUUUAACAAAUACUGCUUUCGAAUCUUGAAGUAGUAAGAUUUGAUCCCGUUUCAUGUAUUAAUCAAUGUAUAUAUGUACACAUUGUUAUUAAUGCCAGCAAAUAACAAAAUAUGCAAAACUAAGCAAAUGAACAUGUAAGUCUGCUUAUCUGUAAAACGUAAAGUGUCGCAUACAUUUUUAACUCUAUAAUUACAGUUUAAUAAUAUGGCUUCUUUAUUAAGCUACGCUGUAACUUUGUGCAAAAAUGUAAAAAAUAUGUGCAGCGUCAUCACUUGGCUUCUAAACUGCCAUCGGAUGUCGCUUCAUCAAGUAUAAGACUGUCUGUAGAGCAUACGGGUGUAUUAUCAUAGUUUUACUCAGGUAUCCAUGGUAACAUACACAUUCUUGGGCAAGACACUUAACUGUACUUUCUCAAACUGAGUCGGCUCUAAGAGGUUUCCAAAUUAUCAACCAUACAGGAAACAAGAGAGCACAGCUCUAAUGAAUAAGCAGAUAACACAAAAAACACGCAGCAGAAGCGACCAGCAAAGCAAACUAAUUUGUGGGAAACCCUCGAACUGUGUGUGCAUUUACUAAUAAACCACUGAAGGUGCAUGCUUAUGAAGAGCUUUUGAGGAAAUUGCAAAAUAUAAACCAGCAACUCAUAAUCGGGCACGAGGUGUAUAAAACAGUAAAUCUGUAUUAUAACAACAACUCCGGGCAUUCUUAUACUUGAUAAAGCAACUAGCACCUUAGAUGCUGAAUCUGAAAGAUUGGUGAAAAAUUGAUCUUGUUAUGGUUAAUUGUACAGUCCUUGUGAUAGCCCACUGUGCAAGCAUGCUUAAAAAUGCUGAUGUCAUUGCGGUUAAGAAGGGGGGAGGGUUGUUGAGGUUGGAAACCACAAAGAUUUUAAAAAGAAAGAAGGAAUUUACAUGGAGUUUAUAGAACUACGAGAAUGGAAUGAGUGAUUUGUGUACCUAAUGAACAGAGUCUUUCAAUCUUCCGCAUAUGUAACAAAACACACAUGUUCUCCAUAUGUUUUUUUUCUAGGGUUGCAGUUGGUUUGCUAGCGGGGUUACUUGGUAAAACUACAACCGUGGUUGAAUAUGCUACAACAACAACAAUGGUGACAACCAGCAAUACAACAUCUUCUGUUACUGAUGCUACCAGCAAUCCACUGGCAGGGCCGUGGAAAGAUAUAAGGUUACCACCUUACCUGGUACCAUACCACUAUAUGGUGGAUUUGCAACCAAACCUUGAACCAGACAUUAAUGGGAAGUACGAGUUCAAUGGCACAAGCAAUGCUCACUUUCAUGUGGUUAACACUACCAAGUUCAUUUAUAUUCAUAGUAAUAAACUGGACUAUAAUGAAGUGGUGGUAUUGGACAAGGAUAACAAGGAAGUCCCGAUUACACAGCAUUGGCUUUACGAUGUGAAUCAGUAUUUGAUCGUUGAGAUGCAAGAAGGUUUGGUGGAAGGAGCAAACUACACGCUACAUACAAAAUUUGUUGGUGAAUUGGCAGAUGACCUCACCGGGUUAUAUAGGAGCACAUAUACUAAUAGUCAUGGGGAUGAAGUAACAAUAGCUGUGUCUCAAAUGCAACCCACCGAUGCAAGGAAAUCGUUCCCUUGUUUUGACGAGCCAGCUUUGAAAGCAACAUUCGAUAUUUUUCUCUGGCAUAAGGACCCCAACUUUGCUCUUUCUAACAUGCCUUUUGUGAUGACUACAGAUCAAUACGAGGGCUGGAAACGAACAGAGUUUCAACGAACGUUCCGGAUGAGCACUUACCUUUUGGCAUUUGUUGUCAGUGAGUUUGGUUACGAGCACAGUUCCACAGCAGGGACUCCACCUGUUCAGACUCGUAUAUAUGCAAGACCAGAGCAAGUGAUCAACAAGAAUGUUGAAUAUGCAAAGAACAUUACCCCUACCAUACUGGAGUAUUAUGAAACUUACUUUGAUGUGGCUUAUCCAUUACCAAAAUCAGAUCAGAUAGCUAUCCCAGAUUUUGCCUUGGGUGGGAUGGAGAACUGGGGUUUAGUGAUGUACAGGGAAACUGCAUUGUUAUACAAUGAAGCUAUUAAUUCAGCUUACAAUAAACAAAGGGUGGCAAAUGUUAUUGCUCAUGAACUCACACAUCAGUGGUUUGGUGACCUUAUAACUCCACUAUGGUGGGAUGAACUGUGGUUAAACGAAGGGUUUGCUUCAUUCAUUGAAUACGUCGGCACUGAUCAUGUGGAACCAUCAUGGAGAAUGAUGGACCAGUUUGUUUUGAUUGAUUUGCAUGACGCAUUAGCUGUUGAUGCACUCACAACAUCAAGGCCAAUAGUUGCAGAAAAUAUUGAAACACCCGAUGACAUAAAUGGUUUGUUUGACGACAUAAGUUACAGUAAAGGAGCUUGUAUCAUUCGCAUGAUCCACCAGUUUACUGGGGAAGAAGCAUUCAAACUUGGAUUAAAGAAUUAUCUGGAACAGUUUGCUUAUGGACCUGUUGACCAUAAUCAGUUGUUCACAUAUUGGGAAAAUGCAAUCCUUGCAACACAGGGUUCAACAAACCCUCCAGGGGGGUUUAUAACAGCCAUGGAUACCUGGGUUUUACAGAUGGGUUACCCUGUGGUUAAUAUGACACGAGACAAAGAUGUUUCGAACAGAGCAACUGUUCAACAACAGCGGUUUCUACUUGACCCUCAAGCUGAUAUAACACAACCUUACAAUCCAUUGAAUUACAAAUGGGAAGUACCAGUGUGGUAUAUUGCGGAAGGGGUGGAAGAAAUAAAGCUGGGAUGGCUCAGUACAUAUAAUGAUUUCCAAUUCACUGUGUCAGAGGAUAGCUACUUUAUUGGCAACUAUGGUGCUUAUGGAUAUUACAGAGUUAAUUAUGAUGAGGAAAACUGGUAUCGCAUCUUGAACCAACUGUCUGUUAACUUUACGGUAAUUGAUGUAAAAAGUAGAAGUCAACUGAUAGAUGAUUCUCUUACAUUAGCAAGGGCUGGUCAACUAAAAUAUGAAAUAGCUUUGGAAACAACAAAAUUUCUAAGGAAUGAUUCAGAUUACCUUCCAUGGAAAAGUUCUUUGAAUGUUUUUAAGUAUUUUGAUCAAAUGCUUGGGAGGUCUAAAGUGUAUGGAGUUUAUUCGGACUACAUGAUGUAUUUGGUUGAACCUGUAUAUAACAAUACAUCGUCUACACCAGAAGGGCAUGUAGAAAAAUUGAAACAAGGUAUCAUUAUGGACACCGCAUGUAGCUAUGGGUCUGUUGAAUGCAUUUCUAACGCUGAGAAUUUGUUUCAUGCGUGGAUGAAUAACCCAACUUCCAACUUGAUUUCUCCUGACUUGAGAACUGUAGUUUAUUGCCAGGCAGUAGCUAAUGGUGGUUCACCUGAGUGGAACUUUGUGUGGGAGAGAUAUCAAGUAGAGGGUGAUUCAAAUGAAAAGAGGGCGUUACAAAAUGCCUUGUCGUGUAGUAAGGAAUCUUGGAUUUUACAAAGAUUUCUAGAAUACACCCUGGAUGUAAACUUAGUUAGAAAGCAAGAUGCUUCUGCAAUGUACGUCAGUUUGUGCGACAAUGAAUAUGCUCGAGACCUAACAUGGGAUUUUCUGCGUAAAGAAUGGGAUUAUAUUUACGAUGUAUAUGGGUCUGGAUUCUUUUCAUUUAGCAGCAUAAUUGAAAGUUGUACUUCACAUUUCUCCACUGACUUUGAACUACAAGAGCUUGAAAUAUUCAAAGAGUCAAGGUCUGACCAACUUGGUUCAGGAGCUCGCGCUGUUGACCAGGCACUCGAGAAAACGAAAACAAAUAUAAAGUGGAGGGCUGACCAUGAAGACACCAUAUUUAUUUGGCUUACUGAUACAAUGGCUACUGUGGCAAAGUGAUGACUGAUGAUAUAUUUCUGCAUGUUGUGUUUUCAAUUGAAACGUAGGUGUGUUUUCAGUGUAUGUUACUAGCGCAAUUAUCAUUAUUAAUAAAGUUUGAUUUUUAUCGAAGUUAAAAUUUACUACUUUGAAUAAAAUUUGAUUGGGAUGUA